AUGGGGGUUGUCCAGCCCUGCUGCUCUUGCUGGCUCUACCAGGGAAACUUCAACAUUUUUUUGCAACCAUGCAAAAUGGUGUCCCGAAUUAGAUGUCAACCUAUUAUCAGAGGUAAUGAUCCAAGUACUGUUAAAGUAGGAAGGACUGAAAUGAUGAAUGACUUCUCAUGGAAAAUGAUAAGAGUGUGGCUGAAAAAGCUCCGACUUAAUGACUUAGGAGAAUACCAUCUUGAGAGCCAUUGCCAGGAGAGAAACAAACUACUGAAUAGGAUCAUACUGGAAGUUUUGGGAGCUCUCCUUUCCCUCUGGUCUCUCACGGAACCCAAACUUACAGACCCUGAGAAAGGCUACUGCAUCCUGAUGAAGGAUGCCUUUGAACUCUGGACUCUCUAUGCUCUCAUGGUGCUGAGUUCCUUCCUGCCUACAACUGCUCUUGCUCUGAUUGCUACUGUUAUACUCCUCGUCACCACUUACAUCAGAAGGAAAAGGGCAGAGAAAGGGACAGACUCCGGCAGACAUCCUUCUUUCAGCCAAGCAGCACUGCAGGAUGGAAGACACAAAGCAAACAGAAUGCCAGAUGAAGUGAAUUAAAGUACCAUAUAUGCUGUCGUAAGGCACCAACCUCAGACGAAGCCUGAAGAUGUUACAUAUGUCAACAUACAGCUUUCACCAGAAGUUUUCUUCCACGCUCAAGAAUCACCAGGCAAUUCAGCUUCCUCAUGGUCUGUGGAAUAUGCUACUGUUAUCUUCAGACCCACAACUCCACAUUCUGGAACCAAAAAGAGAAAAACAGGUCCACUUAAAGCAGCAAAAAGCUUUGGGCUUAUCCACAGGAUUUGGCUGAACUCUGCUUAG